AUGUCUCCGCCUGUUGAGACGUCCGAGGCUGGCAAAGCCGGCAAGGCCGGCGGCGGUGAUGACGACGUCCACACGACGUCGCCGUUGCCGGCGGCUGCCGAUGCCAAAGAGGCCACCGUCGACGUGACGGACAAUGCCGGCUUAUCUUCAGACGAAGACGGCUAUGCCGACGACGACCGCACAAAGAACCCGUUCCUCGACCCGGAGGCCGCCGCCUACUGGCGCAGUGUCUACGAAAAGGCCAAGUACGAGUGCCGCCACGUCUUCGACCCGACAUUUACCUGGUCCGACGAGGAGGAGCGCCGGCUUGUGCGCAAGCUGGACUGGCACGUGUGUCUCUGGGCCUGUGUCAUGUUCUUUGGCCUGCAGGUCGACCGUGGCAACCUCGUGCAAGCCGUGUCGGGCGAGCUGCUCUCCGAGCUUGGUCUGACCACAGAUGACUACAACUACGGCAACACCGUCUUCCGCGUUGCUUUCCUCCUGGCCGAGCUGCCGUCCCAGCUCGUGUCCAAGAAGAUCGGCCCCGACCGGUGGAUUCCCAUGCAGAUGGUCAUGUGGUCUGUGGUCGCCAUCAGCCAGGCCGCGCUCUCCGGCCGCACGUCCUUCCUCGCCACCCGCGCCCUGCUCGGCAUCCUCGAGGGCGGCUUCAUCCCGGACAUUGUCUUGUGGCUGUCGUACUUUUACACCUCGCGCGAGCUGCCCGUCCGCCUCAGCUACUUCUGGACCUCCCUGUCCGUCACGACCAUCAUCACCUCCCUGCUCGCCUUUGCCAUCUUCCACCUCGACGGCGUCGGCGGCCGCAGCGGCUGGCGCUGGCUCUUCUUGAUCGAGGGCGUCAUCACGCUCGCCGUCGGCGUCGCCUCGUUCUUCCUGAUGCCCGCGUCCGCCGUCCAGACCAAGGCCUGGUACCGCCCCAAGGGCUGGUUCACCGACCGCGAGGUGUCCAUUGUCGUCAACCGCGUCCUGCGCGACGACCCCAGCAAGGGCGACAUGCACAACCGCCAGGCCGUCACGCUGCGCCGUCUGUGGGAGGCCCUCCGGGACUACGAUCUGUGGCCCAUCUACAUCAUCGGCAUCCUCGCCUACAUCCCCCAGUCGCCGCCGGCCACGUACAUUACGCUGAUCCUCAAGUCCGCCGGCUUCAGCACCUUCAACACGAACCUGCUGACCAUCCCCUCGAGCGCCCUGCACAUUGUCACCCUGAUUCUGCUGACGCGCCUCUCCGAUUUUUUCAAGGAGCGCUCGCUCGUCGCCAUGAUUCAGAAUCUGUGGACGCUGCCCUGCCUCGUGGCCCUGCGCUGGUGGCCGGGCCUGAUUACCGACCGCUGGGGGACUUAUGCGCUGGUCACGACUCUGUUGUCCUACCCCUACUGCCAUGCCAUCGCCGUCGGCUGGGCCUCCAAAAACUCCAACAACGUCGGUGCUCGCUCCGUCUCUGCCGCUCUCUACAACAUCUCCGUCCAACUCGGAAGUGUCAUUGCUGCCUACAUCUACCGUGCCGACGACGCCCCCCGCUACCACCGCGGCAACAUGUACCUCAUCGUCAUCAACUUCCUCGCUAUUGGCAGCUUCCUCUUUGCCAAGGUCUACUACAUCUACCGCAACAAGCAGCGCGACCGCGUCUGGAACGCCAUGUCCCACGACGAGCAGAUCAAGUACAAGCGCGAGACCCGUCUGCAGGGCAGCCGUCGCCUCGACUUUCGCUUUGCUCAUUAG